AUGCCGACACCGGAGCAGGCCUUAAAGUUGAGCGAUAUUCCUGGACCUGAUGCAAAUAAGGCCUUGCAUUAUAUUGACCGAAAAUCUCACACAUCAUUCGAUGUCUCAAAGGAGGUUUGGACAGGUCUCGGUUUGCCCGAAACCUCAUUGACAGCUGUCAGGCUUCCUGGUAAAGAAGGGCCUGCCCUUCCUUCGUCGUUCAAAAUCGGAAUUCUCGGGCAAGCCUCUAUCGGACUGUCUGCGCUUGCCGCUGCGCAGGUUCAUGCCUUACGAAACAAGACCUCCGUUCCUUCAGUUACGGUACCGCUCGAGCAUGCUGUCAUAGAGUACAAAUCCGAGAGAUUGUAUACCGUUUCUGACGAACUUGCUCCUGCGUCAGGCGGCGCUAUCGGUGGAUUGCAUAAGACCUCAGAUGGCUAUGUUCGAAUCCACGAUGGGUUUCCAAAUCACGUUCAAGGUACUCUUGACUUGCUUGGCUUGAAAGCUGGUGCUACUCGACAGCAAGUGUCUGAGCAGACUGCAGAUUGGGCCAGUAUUGACUUGGAAAACUGCGGAACCGCAGAGGGUAAAGUCGCAAUUUACGCUCUGCGAUCAUACCGUCAAUGGGAUAAGCUCCCUCAGUCGAUGGCCAUUAGCAACUUCCCUAUCAGCAUCAAGCAGGUGUCCAAGUCAACUCCAAUUGGCCUGCCAAGCAGGAUGCAGCCUGGGAAUCUCAAGUGCCUACAAGGUCUUCGGGUCGUUGAGAUGAGUCGGGUAAUUGCUGCACCGUUAUGCGGCAAGACCCUGGCAGCCCAUGGAGCUGAGGUUAUUUGGGUGACUUCACCAACACUACCAGACCUGCCGAGGGUUGAUCGGGAAUUUGGCCGUGGGAAAAAGACUGUCCAACUCGACAUACACAAGGCUGAGGAUCGAAAGCAGCUUCUUAGCCUUCUCAAGGACUGCGAUGUGUUCGUUCAAGGUUAUCGACCUGGCAGCCUUGCUUCAUACGGGCUGUCCCAUGAUGAGUUGCGAAACAUCAAUCCAAACAUCAUUGUUGCCAACAUGUCUGCUUUCGGCCCUGAAGGUCCAUGGUCAGGCCGCCGUGGAUUUGACUCGCUUGUGCAGACAUGUUCAGGCAUGAAUGUCUCUGAAGCUGAACACGCUGGGAAGGGUGAGGCUGCUCGCCCAACACCUUGCCAGGCCCUCGAUCAUUCAGGUGGAUAUAUGCUUGCAGUUGGCGUCAUGGCUGCCGUGUAUCAUCGCGCCGUCAAGGGCGGUUCCUGGAGGGUCGAUGUUUCGUUGGCUGGCAUGAUGAAGUAUUUGAGAAGCCUCGGCCAGUACCCUGGAGCGAGCGGCUUUGAAGCGAGUGACUUUGAAAAGCCCGAGGAUGUGCCGGAGGAGUAUUUCGAGGUCCAGGAGACGGGGUUCGGCACCAUGAAGUCCAUCAGGCACAGUGCUACUAUUGAGGGUCUGGAGGUCGGCUGGGAUAUCAUGCCGAAACCGCUUGGCUCCGAUAAGCCUGCAUGGGAUUAG